AUGCGGCCGGCGAACGAAACAGAGCAGGCUGACGCCACCCACUUCAUGUGCGCGGCGACGCCCAACACGCGCGAGGUGCUGAUUCAGCUGCCGGGGCGCGACCCCUACCACUUUGCCUUUGACGACGUGCUUCAGGAGGAGACUGGGCAGGCGGAGGUGUUUGAGACCGUGGGCGCCCCGGUGGUGGACAACUGCCUGUCCGGCUACAACUCGUCUGUGUUUGCCUAUGGCCAGACGGGCGCCGGCAAGACCCACACCAUGACGGGCCGCGUGGCGGGCGGAGGCGACGCCGCGGCCCAAGAGCAGGUGGGCGACGCGCCAGGCAGCGGCGUAGGCCGCCUGGCCGGAAGGGGCGUGGCGUUCAUGAUGGUCAACCGCCUGAGCGGCUGCAGCCAGCUGCGCGGCCUGGCGCCCCGCGUCUUUGAGUACCUGUUUGAGCGGAUCGAGUCCAUGCAGGAGCAGCAGGGUCGCGACCGCCUCAAGUUCUGCUGCCGCUGCUCUAUGCUUGAGAUCUACAACGAGGUCAUUACGGAUCUCCUCAACCCCACAGCCACCAACCUCCAGGUGCGUGAGGAUGUCAAGCGCGGCUGCUAUGUGGAGGGACUCUCCGAGGAGAUCGUCCAAAACGUCGAGGACGCCAUGCGCCUGCUGCGCCGCGGUGCCGAGCACCGCCACGUCGGGGAGACGCGCCUCAACCGCGAGUCGAGCCGCAGCCACAGCGUGUUCACGUGCGUCGUGGAGCGUGUCGUGGUGGACCGCCCAGGGGACGGCGGCGGCGACGGCGGUGGGGACGGCAUGGAGGAGCCAACUUGCAUGGCUUUUUGA